AUAAUUGUGCCUGGGUCUACCAACAUUCAAUUUGAGUUUUGUUAAAUUUCUUUUUCGGCCUCAGGUGAAUACAUCCGAGAGGGUGUUAAAACAACCACAACCACGCCGGUUUUCAGAGUUCACAUAGCGGUAUAUGCAGCUACAACAAGGUUAGGCUGCAAGACAUUUAUGUGCCCUUUGUCGCUGGGAUGGGAGGUACCACACGUGACGGAAAGAAACGCCGUGUGAGCAGACCAAAAGUCCGAACAGGAUGUACAGCUUGCAAGUCAGGACUCGGAGAGUAAAGUGCGAUGAGAACAAGCCUACAUGUUAUCGAUGUCAAGAAUACGGAGCAUUCUGCGAGUACAAGUCGCCUCAACCCCGCGCUGCGGCACCUGAGCCUACCCCACCUCAAAAACGUUGCAGGGGGCUCGUCCCUAUUCAGCCUCGUCCGCUGCAGCUUGUCCCUAGCCCCUCAGAUCCUUUUCCAAUGGAUGAGGUGGAAGGUCGCUAUUUUCGACUAUUUCACGAGAAACUGGCCUUUGAUUUGAGCGGUUAUUUCGAAGCUCCCUUUUGGACACGGGUCAUACCACAACAAUGCCAUCACGAACCAACGAUCAAGCAAGCAGUUCUUGCUUUGAGUGCUCUAUACAAAUCUGCAAUAUCGUCUGAGACUUCUACUGUGAAUGUGGACGACGAGCAUGUUAAAUUCGCUUUGGUCAAGCACAGCGAAGCCAUCAGUUCCUUACGAAAAGCACUGUCCAGUGGAAAGCCUCAGAUGAGGCUUGCUCUAAUAGCUAGCUUGCUCUUCUCAUGCUUUGAGAGCUUCCACGGCAACUGGGAGACAGCGACACAGCAGGUGUAUAGCGGGCUCAAUAUUCUGAAGCACCUGAGCGAAGACGAGAGACAGCACGCAACCGAUAGCUUAAAUGAUAUUUAUCUUGAGGUUGGCUUAACGUUGCGCCGUCUCGAGAUGCAAAUAUUAUCAUUUCUCGCUAUGAACCCGAUAUUGGAACAUCCCUUUGAUGACCUGUAUGUCGAGGAGAUCAUAUUGGACAUUCCAGAUCGGUUUACUACCUUCAAUGAAGCUUUCACAGCAUUAACUUACUUGGCUGUCUCUAUUCUUCGGCAUUCCAGGGCAUCUGCUCGAUGUGGAGAUGAGCCAGGUCCUCGAAACUCAAUUGCACAACAACAACUGCACCUCCAAGGCUCGAUGGAUCGGUGGAACAGGGCGUUCGAGCCCUUCUUUCUCGAAAAAUGCCAGAAUACUGUUGGCCGAGAGUACCUUGGGCUUCUCCAGGUUCGAAUCUGCGCCUGGAAACUGGAAACAAUGAUCGCUACAAGCACAUCACAUACAGAAAUCGUCUUCGAUGGUUUCAUAGCCCAAUUCCAGAGGAUUACUCAUUUUGCACGGUAUCUAUUUCGGAAAGACCAAGAAAUUCGAGAAUCGGAUGGCUCCAUACUACAAUAUGGCAUGGGAUUGAUAAUGGCUCUAUUCUACACGGCCACUCGGUGCCGGGACUUUACCGUGCGCAGGGAAGCUAUCGCCAUACUCCGUGAGUGGCCUUGCACAAACGGGAUCUGGCACAGCUUGCAGGCAGCAAAAGUUGCAGAGUGGAUAGCCAGCAUCGAGGAAGAUUACUGUUGUGGGCUGGAAGUUAUUCCUGAGAACUGUCGGGUACAAAUGCACAGUUUGAAAGUGUCUUUGCAAAAGGGUGUGAUUACUGUGGAAUGUGUGCAAUCUUCUGUUGAUGGCGUCUUACAAUCCCGAAGAGCAAAUCUUGAAUGGCCCUGAAAAGAUUUGCACAUUAGAAAUAACAGUCUCCCAACCCAACAAACCUAGAAUCAUCCCAGUUCUCGCCAAAUGGAAGUUUGAUUGAAGCUCAGACAAUCUUCAUUGGCUAUGUGAGAAAGCGGUCCUUCCCACCAAUUAACCUGUAAGCAAGGCGAG